AUGUCCGACAAACGCUCUUUGAUCGCUGUGAUCGGCGAUGAAGAUACUUGCACUGGAAUGUUGCUGGCUGGGGUAGGCCAGAUUUCGCCCUCCAGUCAGGAAAAGAACUUCUUCAUGUACCAAGAGGGGAAAACCACCAGAGAAGAGAUUUUAAAAGCAUUCGAUGAUUUCACUCAAGAAAGAGACGACAUUGCAAUCCUGCUCAUCAAUCAGCAUGUGGCAGAGAAAAUUAGAGGCCAGGUGGACGGUUUCACGGCUGCUUUUCCUGCGGUUUUGGAGAUCCCAUCCAAGGAACAUCCCUACAACCCUGAAAAGGACUCCAUUUUGAAAAGGGUCCGCAGGCUCUUCGGCGAAUAA